GUCUCUCAGUUGUAUUUGAAGAAGACGUCGUUCGAUCUACUUGUGAGUUGUAAAUGGUGGACGGCCUGUCAUCGUUGUUGCGUUAACAUCAGGUAAAAAAUGUAUAAGGCAAGGACAGUAUUUAGUACAUUGGCCCCUUUGGCGCCAAAUAUGUGUAGACCUGAAAGAUUUGCUUCGUGGUUGGUAAGAAAUCAUCCACUAACAAGGACUACACAAGCAAUGGUUACUGAAUCAGUUAGAAAAUAUAGCAAUAGGGUAGCUACAGAACCAUUUCUCAAUGGCAGUUCCAGUUCUUAUGUAGAAGAAAUGUAUAAUGCAUGGCUACAAGAUCCUCAUAGUGUACAUGUGUCUUGGGAUUCAUUUUUUCGUAGUAGUACUGCUGGAGCUGCACCAGGUCUUGCAUACCAGGCUCCUCCUUCUCUUGCUCCAAGUUAUAACCAAGUUCCACUAGGAUCAUUAUUGCCACUUGGUGGAGGCACCCAAUUGAGUCAAAUACCUGUUAAUGAAAAAAUAAUUGAUGAUCACCUGGCCGUUCAAGCAAUUAUUCGUUCUUACCAGAUUCGUGGCCAUCAUAUCGCUAAAUUGGAUCCACUUGGCAUCAACAGUGCUGAUCUUGAUGAUAGACAUCCACAAGAAUUACUCUAUAAUCAUUAUUCAUUCGAAGAGUCAGACAUGGAUCGUAUUUUCAAAUUGCCGUCCACCACUUUUAUUGGUGGUAAAGAAAAAUCAUUACCGCUUCGCGAAAUCUUAAAAAGACUAGAAUCGGCAUAUUGUGGUCACAUCGGUGUGGAAUUCAUGUUUAUCAAUUCCUUGGAACAAUGUAAUUGGAUUCGACAAAAAAUGGAAACACCUGGUAUUAUGGAAAUGACAAAUGAUGAAAGAAGACUUAUUUUGGCUAGAUUAACUCGUGCAACUGGAUUUGAAGCAUUCCUUGCACGCAAGUGGUCAUCGGAAAAGAGAUUUGGGUUGGAAGGAUGUGAAAUUUUGAUUCCUGCUAUGAAACAGGUAAUUGAUAAAUCAACCGAACUAGGUGUUGAAUCCAUCGUCAUGGGUAUGCCCCAUCGUGGCCGUUUAAAUGUCCUUGCUAAUGUUUGUCGUAAACCUUUAAGUCAAAUUUUCACCCAAUUUGCGGCUCUUGAAGCAGCUGAUGAUGGUUCUGGUGAUGUUAAAUAUCAUUUGGGGACAUAUAUUGAGCGUCUAAAUCGAGUAACAAACAAAAAUAUACGACUAGCUGUUGUGGCAAACCCAUCUCAUUUGGAAGCUGUAGAUCCAGUAGUACAAGGAAAGACUCGUGCAGAACAAUUCUAUCGUGGUGAUGGCGAAGGCAAGAAGGUCAUGUCUAUACUUCUGCACGGUGAUGCUGCAUUUUGUGGGCAGGGUAUUGUUUUUGAAACAAUGCACUUGUCAGAUUUGCCUGAUUAUACAACUCAUGGUACUAUUCAUGUUGUAGUAAAUAAUCAAAUUGGAUUUACUACAGAUCCAAGACAUUCACGAUCUUCACCAUACUGUACUGAUGUUGCAAGAGUAGUGAACGCACCAAUCUUUCACGUUAAUUCGGAUGAUCCGGAGGCGGUAAUGCAUGUUUGUAAAGUUGCUGCAGAAUGGAGAGCAACUUUCCACAAAGAUGUUGUUAUUGAUAUUGUAUCAUAUAGGAGAAAUGGUCACAAUGAGAUUGAUGAACCCAUGUUUACACAACCUUUAAUGUAUCGCAAAAUUAAAAAUACUCCACCAGUUCUUGACAUAUAUGCUAAGUCUCUUAUCGAUGAUGGUGUUGUCACCUCUGAAGAAGUUAAGGAUGUUAAAGAUAAGUAUGAAAAAAUCUGUGAAGAAGCAUAUGUUAAUGCAAGACAAGAAACGCAUAUUAAGUAUAAAGACUGGCUGGAUUCGCCAUGGUCUGGUUUCUUUGAAGGAAAAGAUCCUUUGAAGGUAUCUCCUACUGGUAUCAAAGAAGAUACACUCAUUCACAUAGGAAAGAAAUUCUCGUCUCCACCACCUAACGCGGCUGAAUUUGUAAUUCAUAAAGGUAUCGAACGUAUUUUAAAAUCUCGUAUGGAGAUGAUAGAAACUCGAACAGUUGAUUGGGCUCUUGGAGAAGCUAUGGCUUUUGGUUCUUUACUUAAAGAAGGCAUUCACGUUCGAUUAUCAGGUCAAGAUGUAGAAAGAGGCACCUUUUCACAUAGGCAUCAUGUUCUUCAUCAUCAGACCGUGGAUAAAGCUACUUACAGGCCACUGUGUUAUCUUUAUCCAGAUCAAGCUCCAUAUACAGUGUGCAAUAGUUCACUGUCAGAGUUUGGUGUACUUGGUUUUGAAUUAGGCUAUUCUAUGACAAAUCCUAAUGCACUAGUGUGCUGGGAAGCACAGUUUGGUGACUUUAAUAACACAGCACAGUGUAUAAUUGAUCAGUUCAUCAGCAGUGGUCAAGCUAAGUGGGUACGUCAAUCUGGUCUUGUCAUGCUACAACCUCAUGGUCUUGAAGGAAUGGGACCUGAACAUUCAAGUGCUCGUUUGGAACGUUUUCUGCAAAUGUCUGCUGAUGACCCAGAUUAUUUCCCUCCCGAAAGCGAAGAAUUCGCUGUACGCCAGUUACAUGAUAUCAACUGGAUUGUAGCUAAUUGCAGUACACCAGCGAAUUAUUUCCAUAUUUUAAGAAGACAAAUUGCAUUGCCAUUCAGAAAACCUUUGAUUUUAAUGACACCAAAGUCAUUACUUCGUCAUCCAGAAGCAAAGUCCAGUUUCGAUUUAAUGCUGGAAAACACAGAAUUUCUUAGAGUGAUACCAGAAGAAGGCGUGGCUUCUGAAAAUCCUAAUAAUGUUAAAAGAGUGGUUUUCUGUUCUGGUAAGGUUUAUUAUGAUUUAAAGAAAGCACGCGCAGAAAGAAAUUUGGAUGAUAAAAUUGCAAUUGCGAGAGUCGAGCAGAUUUCGCCUUUCCCAUACGACCUAGUUAAGAAAGAAUCUGCUAAAUAUCCCAAUGCUGAAAUAGUAUGGGCUCAAGAAGAACAUAAAAAUCAAGGUGCAUGGACCUAUAUUCAACCUAGAUUCCACACUGCUCUUAAUGGUACUCGUUCUGUAUUCAGCGGAAAUACGUCAUACGACAAUAAGGAUAGCGGAGGGUGGUUUAGUGGUUGGUUUUCAUCAACUAAACCGAUUGUAUCCGAGCCGUUGUCGAACGAAUCUGGUAAACACAAACAGAGAACAUUAAGAUAUGUUGGUCGCCCAACAGGAGCUUCACCGGCAACAGGAAGCAAAAUGCAGCAUCUCAAAGAAUUGAAACAAUUAUUUGAUGACUGCUUUGAUCUUUAAAUAUCCUUCGUCGCACUAUGUAGAACAUAUUUUAUUUAUUUUCUCAUUAUGUUUGUUAUAUUCCUUUUGUCCUGCUCUACAUGCACCCUUUCAGAGACAAACAGAAUUUGGAAGAGUUUCUUCAUCACUGAUUCAUUUAUUAGAAUUAUCAUACGCACGGAUACUUUCUUCAUAGUGAAAAAUUUACUUAACCCCUUAAGGAUCAAAUUAUUUUAUAAAAAUCAAUUAGAAAUCCCCGAAUAUUUUUAUCGAUGUAGUGACAGUGAUGGUUAAUAACGUACCGUAACCAAAAUUGCAAAAGGAAUUGAUAUUAAAAAAA